AACACUGCCGCCCGCCGCUAUAUAUACACGAAAGAAUUUUAUGUUCUGACAUAUGACUUAAUUACUUUAAAGAAAAGCAUGCAGACUCGAGAGAGUAGCUGAAGAAUUGAUGGGUCGCAGGAAAUGGAAGCUAUAUCAAGAAGUUAUCACCCUGCAGAGACCGCCCUUACCUAUAGCGCAGACAACGAGUGCGGGCAGCACGACGAGUUCGUGCGUCGCCGCGACGACGACCACGACAACAGCGGCCGCGGCCGGCUCGACUGUCACCAAGACCACAAAUGCGACGAGUUGGCCGAACCGCGACGGAACGCCGACGGGACACACGGAGGGCGAAGCUGUCGAAAGCGCGGCUGCGGCCGCAGUCGUCGACGGCGAUUCGACGCCCGAUCCACAAGACACGAGCGAAACGGCCGCCGCCAACGGAGCAGCCGCAACAACUACCACAUCUGUUGAAUCGCUGUCCAGCACCGAGAACAAUGUGGACGAAUGUACUGAAUCGCCUACGGACGAGGAACCAAAAACAACCCGUGACGGAACGGAUGGAACGCCACCCGCCGCUUCCAUGACGCCGAUCAAAUCCGAGCUCUCCACUCCCACAGCACCCGCCGCGCCAGCCACACCGGCACCACAAGCGGCCGACUGGACGCCUCAAGAUAAAUGCUACUUCUGCGUUGAAGGUCAAUUGCUCAGGGUUGGGCCGGAUGGCAGCUUAGUGGCCACCAAGUCAAACAAUGACAUGGACACCAACAACUAUCUUCAAGCGAGUCCCGCUGGCAGCGACAGCGACAGCAGUGACAGCACGUCUGAAAUGGAAAUGGCUCCACGGCUCGGCCUGCAGGAGGCGCUGCUUGCGCAUGGUAACGUUGUCGUCGAACUGUUGCGACGUCAACACAAGCAACAACAACAGCAACAAAACCAUCACCAGCAGCAAAUGCAACAAGCGCCUCAAUUGGGCUCGUUAGAUAAUGUAACGUCGCUCGCAGCUGCCGGCAUUUCACCGUUUUACCCGCCUGGACUCCAGUUUCAAGCAGCGCAGUGGUACCAGUUACUUGCUGCGCAACAACGAUAUAUCCUUCCUCUUGCCGAACAACAGACCAAACAACAGCAACAAGAAUCGGGGACGACGCAGCAACAACAGCCCCCGAGCAGCGCAAGCAGUCCGGCGGCAGGCGCAACCGGAUCAUCGACGCCCGGAGUGGAACAACCGCUGGAUCUCAGCGCGAAGAGCGGUAGCGGUUCCAGUACGCCUACGCCACAACCUAUGCGAUUGCCAAAUUUUGAUCCAAAGCAUAUAUACAAGUAGGUUCUCCUAUUAUUUUUUACAUUUUAUGAAUAUUA